AUGAUCUCAACUUUAUGGUCAAUUUUAAAAGUGGUAAUUAUUAUAAUGGCAACAAACAUAAAACUGAAUAAAUCAAAUAUGUAUGUAGGCACGGUGUUGCCGCCUAAAAUCUCCUAUUUUUUGAAAAUGAUUGUGAAUUGGUCCUGGCAAUUGGACGAGGUUUCGUUUGUGCUUGCAAUGAAAUUAAUCCAACUAGGUUUUGAAAUUAUCCUAGCACCAGGAAUCGCUCGAAAUAAAAAGUUUUCAGAGUUUGAUAAAUUAGCUCUAGGACCUACUUUCAAUUCAAUUCCUCGUCAGCUCCAGACAAAGUUAUUGAGUUCUGGGUCAGCCUCAACGCUGCAAUGUGACAUUAAUGUCCGGAGAUCAGACCGCCAUGUUGUUAAGACGUUAUGCAGUUAUCAAAAAACACUCACUUUUCCUAACAAUGCGGCUGCCCAUAUUUGA